CCACUGACGCACGUCAUCAUUACUAGAGAGGUCUCAGCGGAAGGAUGUGGUGGAGUAUCGUGACUCGUGUGUUAUCGAAGAAAAACUUUGUUAGGAUUGGAAAAUGUUUUUCUUGAAUUUUUUACAAAAGCGAAGCGAAAAAUUGAAGUCAGUCUUUCUCUAUAAAUGGACGUUACAUAAUUUCGUUUCGUGUCAUUUUAUAUUUUCUUCGAACAAAGCAGAGCGUCUUUAUUAUAAACCUGUUGGUAAGUGUGAAUAAUAACUUGUAAUAGUAAUUAGUACUGUGAUUAGUGUGAAGUGCGCAGAAAUAGUGGAGAUUUUUGACCGACUAGUUUUGAGCCUUGAGCUUCUUUUCGCGUAAUUGACUACUAAAGCAAAUCCACGUUGGUAUCGCAGUAUCUGUAUGUGUACUAUAUUAUAUUUAAAAUUAUAAUUUAACUCUUUGGUUAUACGAAAUACAAAACGUGUGUAAUGUACAUACAUACAUAAUGGGUUGUAAAGACAGUAAGCUUGAAAAAAAUUGUGACUUUGAUAACAAAUUUAGUGAAAGUACAAUUAAACCAGUGUACGAAGUGAACAUUCCAAAAAUGAAAGUCAGGAAAGCGCCCAGGGAAAAAGGACGGCAUCGUCGAACUGGUACCGGCCGCCAAACAACUGUGGUUAGCAAUCCGUGUUCUAAUGCCUAUUCUCGCGCUGUUAAAAGUAAAAGAAAGCGCCAAACAGACAAAACCGGACAAGUUAGACGUUCCUGUUCGAAAACUGUCUAUGACCCCAGGAUCACAGCAAGAUAUGACAUUAAAGCUGUUAUUGGAAAAGGUAGUUUUAGUCGAGUGGUUCGUGUAGAACACAGAAUUACAAAGCAACCUUAUGCAAUAAAACUGAUUGAAACCCCAAAAGGAAAAGAAGCUUUUGAAGCAGAAUUAUCAGUGUUAAGAAGAGUUAAUCACCCAAAUGUUAUCCGACUUAUAGAAGUGUUUGAAAGUAAUGACAAAAUCUACAUGGUAAUGGAGUUAGCAACAGGUGGCAACCUGCUAGACAGAAUUGAAGCCCAUGGGUACUUCACGGAGUCUGAUGCAGCCCGGGUGUUACAAAUGAUCUUAUGUGGUGCAAGUUAUCUUCAUAGUGUAGGUAUCACACAUAGAGAUUUGAAACUUGAAAAUCUGCUGUACUAUCACCCUGGAAAUGAUUCGCGUAUCAUGAUAACAGAUUUUGGAUUUGCUAGCACACGUAAACCUAAUGGUAAUGUCUUCAUGCACACUGUUUGUGGUACCCCACAAUAUAUUGCUCCAGAAAUAGUUGCUCGUCGACCAUAUACGUGUGCUGUUGACAUGUGGGCAAUUGGUGUCAUAACAUAUAUUCUUCUUUCUGGGAACUUUCCAUUUGAUGCCAAGCAGGAUGCCCUGAUUUUGAAAUUGGUAUUGAAGGGUUCUUACAACCUGUCGGCUGAGAUUUGGGAAGAAGUCUCCGAUGAAGCCAAAAAUUUUGUGCAGGCACUUCUCCAGUGCAAUCCUCAACAACGUAUGUCAGCAGCUCAUGCAUUAAAGCACCCAUGGAUCAUGGAAGAGUCACGAAGUCCGUCCUCAGGCCGUAGAAAGUCCACUACACUCUCUGCACAAGGUCUUCCUUACACUGCUAGUCAGAAAUCUGGAUCUGGAUGGUCAGUACACUCAGGCAAGUCAGUCCAGUCCUUGCGUUCUGGACACCGUAGGGUAGGAGUUCACCACCUGAAGGCACUAGAAACAGAUCCAGAAAUAGCAGAAAUAAUAAGAUAGUUUCACAUACAGUAACUCUGUAGGAGUAAACUUUCCACAGAGACAGAUUUUGCUGAUAACUGAAGCUAAUUUCAUGUCAUCAGAUCUGUUUCAUGACAAGCUACAUCUUUCUUUUCUUGUUUUACUUUUAAAUUAUUUAAUUUUUAUUUUAAGGUCAGUAAGAAGGUACAGAAACAAAAGAAAGUUUUCAAACAUGUAAAAAUUGUUUUUCACUCAUAUUUGAUUGUUGUUAUAAUUGUGUUCAUAAAUGCUAUUACGAUUUAUGGUAAAAAAUGGUCAAGUACAAACUUUCUGGAUCACAAAUAAAUAUUUAUCAUUUAAAGAAAUAAAUAGAACUUACUAUUAGUAGCAUCAGCUGUUGCAUAAUCAGUAUAAAAAUAUUAAUUUACGAAAGUAUUUAUUUUAUUGAAAUAUUUAAAAUAUAGAGAUUAUAGUGGUACAUGAAAUAUGAUCUUUAAUAGUUUUCCAACCCCUUUCCCAUUUUUGAUAUCUAACCUUAACAGAUGUAGAUAUUGUUUCAUAAUUUGCUUAAUCAUAUUUGUAGGUGCCUGUACAUAAAUCAGUAAUCAGAUGUAAAUGUAUGCUUUUUGCCAGUGUUUGUGUAUUUUGAUUAUAUAUAUAGUCAAUUAUGUAUGUCUGACUUUUAUUUAUAGGAAAAAAAGGGAGACUGGGAUUAGGAUAAAAUAUUCUUCUUCAAGAUUUAUUAUUUAACCUGUCAGUUAACUUUAAAUACUCCAAACACAACAUGAUAAGAAACUUGGUGUUUAUUUCUACAGUUAUCAUAACUAAUAACAGCAAGUGUAUUCUGUUCAAGUCACGAGUGUUUCUUUGCAUUUAUACCCACACAGUGUGUGAUUACUAUUUAUUUAUGCAAUUCUUUCUAGUAUUAAAACAAACUAUAAAAAAAAUUGGCUUUUUCAAAAUUUGAGAAUUAAUGAAAGUCAUUAGUCCUAAUCAAUUUUAUUUUUUUCAAAGCAUUUCAAUAAAUUAUGUUCAACAUGAAAAAUAAUUUAAUUCAGAAAGGUUUUUUGUUGUUGGGGUAUUAUAAAUAAUGUACCAUUAAAUCUUGAAACAAAGUUAUAGAUACUCCUGUGUCAAAAUGUGCAACUUUCCUGCAUCAGUUUUUAAGAAUUUAAUUCAUACUGGGAUUCAAAAUGGGAAUUUUGCUAUGUUUAUGAAAAACCCGGCAUUAAAAUUAUUUUAGGCAGAUUAUUUUCAUUUUAAAUAUUAUACAAGUUGAUAAUAUUCUUACUACUCACUUUUAUAUUUCCUUUGUAUUAUUAUUAUUAUUGUUUUUUCUGUAACUAUAAAAUCUUUUUCAUAUUUCAUCUAAAACAAUUCCAAAUAGACAGGUAAUGGAGUUAUUUAAUACUGCUAUAAAAUACCUUGUCAAGGUUUUCCCUGUAUGUCCACAUAAUAAUCUUUAAAUGUCAUUUUUGUUCUUGUAUCAUUUUGCUUUUUAUUUAUAACUUGCAUUUUUUUUUAUGGUUUGGAAAGUACAUAAUAACUUACAAAUGGAAUUUUAGAAUAUGUAUGAAGAUAUGGGGGAAGACAAAACAAUCAGUAUACACUCAUAUCUCAUAUAUGUUAUGUAUUCAGAUACCAUGUAUAUUUGUAUUUUUCCUUCUGUAAACUCAAACUGUUAAAUAUGCUUAUUUCAGUAAACCUAAAAUUAUUCAUGUUUGUGUAGAGUGGCAAGUAUUGAGCUUUUAUAAGGAGUGUUACAGAAUCAGUCAUUUUAAAAAGCAAGUAAAUGACCAACAAUACCAAAUUUAUCUGUUUUUCUCAUAAAUUGCUGGCAGAAGAAAUAUCAGGUUUAAUUCAUCUGUAUUUUGUUUGUUCUGGCCCAUUCUUCGAGGUUAUAUCAGUUUGUGGAGAGAGAAUCCUUCAUUAGUCAUUAUGGUAUAGGCCAAAAUAAAAAUGAGAAUGUUGAUUAAACUUUUAAACAAUAACGUUGGAAGAUUUCUUUGUGCAGUUUGUCACUGAUACACCUCCUUCAAAUCAGAUUUACCUAGAGCCUGAAAUAAAAAUGUUGAUUAAACUUUUAAACAAUAAUGUUGGAAGAUUUCUUUGUGCAGUUUGUCACUGAUACACCUCCUUCAAAUCAGUUUUACCUAGAGGCUGAAAUAAAAAUGUUGAUUAAACUUUUAAACAAUAACGUUAGAAGAUUUCUUUGUGCAGUUUGUCACUGAUACACCUCCUUCAAAUCAGUUUUACCUAGAGGCUGAAAUAAAAAUGUUGAUUAAACUUUUAAACAAUAAUAUUGGAAGAUUUCUUUGUGCAGUUUGUCACUGAUACACCUCAUUCAAAUCAGUUUUACCUAGAGGCUGAAAUAAAAAUGUUGAUUAAACUUUUAAACAAUAAUGUUGGAAGAUUUCUUUGUGCAGUUUGUCAGUGAUACACCUCCUUCAAAUCAGUUUUACUUAGAGGAAUGAGUCAAACAAAACAAAAUAUGUAAAGUUAGUUUCACACUAAUUUGUCUUUUAAGGCUAUAGAAUGUGCUAAAGAACAUUUUGGUUGCACGCUUAUAUCUGGCAGUUACCUAUACAUUCCUUGGAAUAUUGAAAAUUUUAAGGUAAAAAAUAAAUGUACUUUAUUUUA